AUGGCUCUCGCGCUUCGGGUUCAAGCAUUAGCUCGUCGGUCGAGCAUUGCCAGCGGCAGCAAUGUCUUGCGGCGCAUGCCCCUGCGAAGCUACUCCAGUUCGGCUUCAGUCGAUGGGACGCUGCCCUUGGAAGGUAUUAGAGUGCUCGAUAUGACACGUGUUUUGGCUGGUCCAUACUGCACUCAAAUAUUGGGCGAUUUGGGCGCGGAUGUCAUCAAAGUUGAACACCCUGUACGCGGUGACGAUACUCGGGCUUGGGGCCCUCCAUAUGCGAAUCCGUCGAUCCCAUUCGAGAAGAAGAAUAUCAUGUUGACAUAUUUGAAGGUCAACCGAAACAAGAAGUCUCUUGGCCUGUCCUUCCAGCACAAAUCAGGCGUUGAGAUCCUCCACAAACUCGCAAAAGAAUGCGAUGUGUUAGUGGAGAACUACCUCCCAGGAGGACUCAAGAAAUACGGCAUGGACUAUGAAACUCUCAAGAAGAUUAACCCCAAGUUGAUCUAUGCCAGUAUUACCGGAUAUGGCCAGACAGGCCCAUACAGCAACCGGGCUGGAUACGACGUCAUGGUUGAGGCCGAGAUGGGACUGAUGCAUAUCACCGGUGCUCGUGAUGGUGCUCCUGUCAAGGUCGGUGUUGCUGUCACCGACUUGACUACUGGGCUAUAUACGUCGAACGCUAUCAUGGCUGCUUUGAUUGCUCGCGGUCGGACCGGCAAGGGUCAACAUAUCGACGCUUGUCUGAGUGACUGUCAGGUUGCGACUUUAUCCAACCUGGCUAGCUCAGCACUGAUCAGCGGACAGAAGGACUCAGGUCGAUGGGGCACUGCACACCCAUCCAUUGUGCCUUACCGUAGCUACAAGACUCAGGAUGGCGAUAUCCUGUUUGGUGGUGGCAAUGACCGGCUCUUCGGUGUACUGUGUGAUCGAUUGGGCUUCUCUGAGUGGAAGACAGAUGCUCGCUUCGUUACCAACAGCGACAGAGUACAACACCGAGCGGAGAUCGACGGCAUGAUUGAAAGCACCACCGUCCAGAAGACCACUCAGCAAUGGCUGGAUAUCUUUGAGGGAAGCGGUAUGCCAUAUGCGGCCGUUAACGAUAUCCAAGGAACAUUGAACCACAAGCAUGUUCUGGCGCGAGAUAUGGUGACCGAGGUUGACCACCCUGCAUGUGGACCGAUCAAGUUGGUGAACACGCCCAUCAAAUACUCAGAGGCUAAGCCAGGCGUCCGAACGCCUCCUCCGACUCUGGGUCAACAUACAGACGAGAUCCUAGGCAGCGUUUUGGAUUAUAGUGAAGCCGACAUUGCUCGUUUGAAAGACGAAGGAGUCUUGUCUUGA